GAGAUUGAACUUAGAGCCUUACACUUAUUAGGCAGGUGCUCUUCUAGUUGAGCCAUGCCUUUAGCUAGUUCUGAGUUUUUAAAUAUAUGUAUCCUUCCUCUAAACAACCCAGCAAUCAAAAAGAUAGGUACUGUUGUCAUUGAUGUUUUUCUAGUGGAUCAACAAAACAGAGGUAACUAACUUGUCCAUAUUUAUAUAGCUAAGUGGUAGAGCUGAGAAAAAGGAAGUGUGGAAUUAUGUAUUAUUUAUUCACAGUUUUGAUCAUUUGCAAGGAACCCUAGAGACAUUUAAUAUAAUAUAAUCUUGAUAUGACUUGGAGAAUUUUAAAUCCUGCCUCAGCGCUGCUGUAUGUAGGCAGUUCCUUUAGCUGGCUAUGGUUUGAUCCAUAAUCUUCAACUAAACUUAACUCUGCCACUCUCCAUUUGUUAUAGUCAUAAAUCCUUAUGAAAUCAUACCUAGUCCUGUUUUGUUGACAAACAUAAUAGGUUUGAAAAUUUAUGACUUGCAAAUGGUAGGUGCUUUCUGUACAUUUACAUAGUAAGCCUGUACACAGAUGUGAGUUUGUGACAAGAAAAGGUUAAGGUUAAUGCUUUCCUUUACAGAGAAUAAUAAUUAAAGUUGGAGAACUGAGUCUGAGGGAAUGUACCUUUUUAGAAUAUACUUCCCAACCCCCAUAUUAUUUCUUUUUGAAGAAACUAGCUAUUGAUCUGUAACAGUGAAGAAACAGUUGGAAGCCUUAGGACUUCAGAGCUGGAAGGGGAAGAACUUGAGACGAAGAGGAUGAGCCUUGACUUAAAUUAAGUUCUUUCUGAGUCUUUAUGUCUAAAGUGAGAAGGUUGGAGUAGACCAAAGACUUUCAAAUUGGGCCCCUCUGGGUGCAUCAAAAGUUGAACUGUGUCUAAAAUUGAGAAAAAAAUAAGGAACUGGAGUUGUGUGCAGAGGAGACCCGAUCUUUAAAGGCAAUGCAAGAAUUUCAGAGUUUCCAGCUGCAGCCUGCAGAUGAGUGGCCUGAGACACCUCCCCAGAAGCAGUCUAUGGAAAGUACAGGCUCUGACUGUCCCAGAGAUCUACAUAUCAAGAUGGCGCCUUGGCCCUUGAAGGAGAGUGCUGUCCUCACUCCUCGAGUCCCUACUGUUUCAAAGAUGGGAAGCAUUGAAGACUGGGAGGUGAUGGCUGAGUCACAGGAAGCCUUGGACUCAGUCAAUCAUACUGACAAGCUGCUCUGCCAGGACUCCCCAGCAAAUGACUGUGAGAACAGCGUGCAUUUGGGAGCUCUUGUUUCAAAACCAAGAGUCAAUGCCCAGCCAGAGCAAGGACAAGAGUUUUGGAGUCUAAGCCUGAUGAAUUCUGGGAAAAGGAACACUGCAGAUUACAGCUUACAUAGUGAGCAAAUGAAAUCAGCUCAGGCAAUGGCCUGGAGGGACUCGAGGACCUGGGAAGAACAAGGCCAAGGCGAUGUGGAUGACAUAAAGGUGUCCGGUGUUCACUGGGGCUAUGAGGAGACCAAGACUUUCCUGGCAAUUUUGAGUGAAUCUCCUUUUUCUGAAAAGCUCCGGACUUGUCAUCAGAACCGCCAGGUAUACCGGGCCAUUGCGGAACGUCUGAGGGCCCGGGGUUUCCUGCGCACACUGGAGCAGUGUCGCUACAGGGUCAAAAACCUCCUAAGGAACUACCGGAAAGCCAAGAGUAGCCACCCGCCAGGGACCUGUCCCUUUUAUGAGGAGUUGGAGGCCCUGGUGAGGGCUCGGACAGCCAUGAGAGCUGCAGAUAGCUCAGGAGAGGUUGUGACACUUCCCAGGCUCGGGGACAGUGAUGCUGAACUGGAUGAGCAGGAGGAAGGGGGCUGGGAGACGGAGGAAGCAAUAGAAGACUGUGAUAGUGCUGGCCUAGCCACCGAGGAGUCUGCCCAGGGGUCCAGGAUUGCAGGGGGUCCAUCUCUGCUCCACAGUCGUAUUGCAGGUGUGCACUGGGGCUAUGAGGAGACCAAGGUUUUUCUGGCAAUUCUUAGUGAGUCUCCAUUCUCUGAAAAGCUUCGUACCUGUCACCAGAACAGUCAGGUGUACCGGGCCAUUGCUGAACGACUUUGUGCGCUAGGCUUCUUGCGGACACUGGAGCAAUGUCGCUACCGAUUCAAAAACCUCCUUCGAAGUUACCGGAAAGCCAAGAGCAGCCAACCACCGGGGACCUGCCCCUUCUAUGAAGAGCUGGACUUGUUAAUGAGGGCUCGGACUUCUGUCAGGGCCCUGGAAACUGUCAGGGCCCCUGGGUCUGGGCAGAACCAUAUUGAGGCUGAUGACCCGGAGGCCUGGGGUGAGUUGGCAGAUGGAGAUGUCAUCACACCUUCAACCCCGUGCCCCCAAACUCCGGAUGCAGGGUUUGAGUUGAAGGAUGAAGAUCAGAUUUCAGAGCAGGACAUUUUUGAGGAUUUGCCUGGAGCCUUAGCAAAAUGUAGUACUGAAGCUGUGUGUCAGGCUCCUGGUUGGGAGGCAGACAGUGAAAAUGAACACGAAGCUGCAGGGGAGUGGAGCAGUCUUCCACAGGAACAGUGGGAUGAAUGUUCUUCUGAAGAGGACUUAGAGAAACUCAUUGACCACCAAGGCCUGUACCUCACGGAGAAACCUUACAAAUGUGACACAUGUGUGAAAAGCUUCAGCCGGAGCUCCCACUUCCUCGCCCACCAGCGGGCUCACACCGGUGAGAAGCCCUACACAUGCCUGCCGUGUGGAAAAAGCUUUCGUGACCGCUCUAACCUCAAUACCCAUCAACGAAUCCACACUGGAGAGAAGCCUUACAUAUGCCUCGAAUGUGGGAAAAGCUUCAGCGACCACUCUAAUCUCAUCACCCACCAGAGAAUCCACACAGGGGAGAAGCCCUAUCAGUGUGGCAAGUGUUGGAAAAGCUUUAACCAGAGUUCCAACCUCCUGAAACAUCAGAGGAUACACUUGGGAGGAAGUCCCAACCAGUCUCGUAAGCCUGGAGAGGGCUUUGAACCAAGUCCAUCUUUUAAUGUUCCACGGCAGAAUUCCACAGGGGAGAUUGCCGAGCAACUUCAGAGCAUCGGUGUGAACUGGAGCUCUCCCAGACCCCACAGUACCAACUCAGGGGAUAAACUGUAUGCGUGCUUUGAAUGUGGGAGAUGUUUCUCAAAGAGCUCUGCCCUUAUCAGCCACCAAAGAAUCCACAGUGGAGAGAGACCAUUUGAGUGUGCCGAGUGUGGGAAAAGCUUCAGUAAGAGCUCCACGCUGGCCAACCAUCAGCGCACCCACACUGGGGAGAAGCCAUACAAGUGUGCGGACUGCGGGAAGUGCUUCAGCGAGCGUUCCAAGCUCGUCACGCACUGCAGAGUACACACGGGGGAGAAGCCCUACAAAUGCCUCGAGUGUGGGAAGUUCUUCCGGGACCGCUCUAACCUCAUCACUCACCAGAGGAUUCAUACGGGAGAGAAGCCGUACAAGUGCCGGGAGUGUGGGAAAUGCUUUAACCAGAGCUCUAGUCUAAUUAUUCACCAGAGAAUCCACACGGGGGAGAAACCCUACAAGUGCACGGAGUGUGGCAAAGAGUUCAACAACAGCUCCCACUUCAGCGCUCACCGGAGAAUCCAUACAGGAAGGAAAACAUCAUAGGGGAUUUCCUCCCCACCCCCCCUCCCAAAAGAGGAACCCUGUGUAUUUACACUUCCCAAGAUUUUAAACCACAUACCAGAAAGAAAUCUUCUAGUUUCUCUAUUUUAUAUCCAGGGAAGUAGUCUUGAUCAUUGCUAGGUAAUUUGGAAUGGAAUUACAAAUACUAAGUAAGGAUCCAGAUUUGACGGCACUUUUCUCACGUGUAAUUUUUUUUCUCUCUGAUAAAGACCUCCACCCCA